AUGUUGCUAUUCCACAUCGCAGCUGUAACCUGGACAACCCUCGGGGUUUUCGGUACUCCUAUCGAGAAUCAUCAACAAAGGGAUGGUCGACAUUCCAACAAUAUCUUGACUAAUGCGGAACGACUUUCCAGGGGCUUAGGGCCGGCGAUGCCAAAUAGCCUGGGAAAGCUCAUUCCUUCUCGUGCUCAGGUCGAAUCCACGAACGCACCCAUUCAAAGAGCGGUCUGUCCAUCAGCAAGACCAGUCACAUUUCCCCCUCACCCUUUGCUCUACAAUGAGGCAACCAUCAUCCCUGUAAAUGGAUCGAGGACUGCCACUCUCUCCCUUCCUUUUCCAGUCAGGAUCUUCGAUAAGACAUCAAGCACCCUCAUCGUCAAUGAGCAAGGUUGA